GCUCCGGGGAGGGCGGGGCGGCGCUGGCGUGUGGGAGCCGCUGGCGGGCAGGCCGCCGGGGCAGCGGGCGAGUUCCCUCAACUCGCUGCCGCUCCCGAGCUUGCCGGGCACCGAGGAGCCGCCGUGCCCUUCAGGCGCCUGCGGCGGCGACCAGGAAGGGAGGGAGGGCGGAGGAAGCCGAGUGGAGGAGGAGGAGGGGCGAUGGCGGGGAUGUUCCCGCAGGACCCGGGGCACCAGGGCGGGGAAGGGACUUGAACCCUUCUCUGACUCGCACCCGAUCUCGGUCCCUCCCUCUUUUUUUUUUUUUUUUUUAAACAACUCUGCCCCACCGCUCGCGAACUGAGCCCCGUGCAAGUUGUCCCCUUUCCCUCCUCCUCCGGGCGGGUCGGGGUGUCCUGAGUUGCCGCGGCUGCCUGGUGUAUGUGUCAGGAGAGUGGCAGUGCCAGCCAUGCUUCUGGGAACUGUCUCGGGAGAGCAGCCCAGGACCCCAGCGGGACCGCUCCCUCGUCCUCUCUCGGCCCUUCGGGAACGGGCAAGAAAGGAUAAUCAAACUUUAUCCCCCUCUGUGACUUCCUGCAUGUGUGGGCACGGGAAACAGCCCCCUCGCGAAGGAUGCUGCAUUGCUUCAGGAGGCAAGCUCCAUCCUGAGAUUCUUAAAGGUCCUCGGUGGUCCUUUUGGAGGGCUGGUUUAGCAGCUUGCUCACGCGUGCCUGAAGAAGGAAGGAUGGGCAGCAGGCGGAGGGGACGUGGGUAUGGCAAGUUGUUCACAGAGGCAGGGAUUUGGUGGUUGAAUUAACCAGUUAUUGCUGGAUUUCAUUGGCUGGCAACGAAGGAGAGUUUCUAUUUGAACAGCCUUGGGGUGUGUUUGUGAGUGAUUGUCAUUUCUUUUUUCAGUUACAAGAGAUCAACUUGGCGUGGAGUUCUUGACCUAACAAGUCAGUGGGUUCUCUUUGCUUGGACUUUCCCAACCCAUUUGUGUUGGUCUUUGGCCAAGUGAGAAAGUGUAGGUUUUGUUUCCUAGAGCUAAGUUGUAUAGUGUGCUAAUGAGAGAAUCACUGCAGACAGCCUGCUAGAAGAAACUAGUACCUUGAGAUCUCAGCACGUACAUCCACCUGUGUUAACAAAUACAUCCACCUGUCUUCUUGUGAUCACAUAGCUCUUGAGAGGAAACUGAACUGGAGGUUUUCAGAGAGGAUACCCCAAGACUGAUGACAACAUAAAAUCAAGGGUCUGAAAGAGCUAUGGAAAGAACUAAUGCUCUGGAAAUGCAAGAUGAUAUUGUUAUUAUUAGUCAUACGUAUGGAUCCUGUCUUCAUUCUUGUGAAGAAAAUUGUACAUUUGGCAUGCUGACAUAUUGCUUUGCUGAAGCUUUUGGGUGAGAGCCGAGCUUUUCCACAGUUCAGUUUAGAAUCGCAUGUUUCAUAGCCUCCGUUUAUGUGUUUUGUUUUCCUAAAAACAUGAAGCCACCCAAAAAUCUGAUUGCAUUCCCCUCUCCCUCAAACUAUUUAAAGACUUCUCAAGUUGUCUUUAUCCCUGUAUUUUGCUAAUACGUCUUUUGACUUUGCACAGUUUGUUUUUAAGGCUAUUUGGGUGUGGUAUUCAUUUAGCAUUUUUAAAUUUGUGCCUUGUAUAUUUUUCACUAUGCGAAUCUGUCAGGCUGUGAGUGCCUUCCUUGUGUGGGUACUUCAUGAAAGUGUUCUUCUGUGCUAUUCUGGGGUGGGUAAAAGUGAUGUGCUGAAUUUGUAACUGAAAGCACAGUUAAAGUGAAGUGUUAUUUCUGAAGGGCUGAAGUGUUAUCAUGGGAAUGUUGACUUGUAAAUGAACUUAGAAUUGUAUGCUUUUGAAAAAAAUUGUGUCUGAUGAUUUAAAAUAUGUAAACAGGAUUUUUUCUUUUUCUACGAUUGCUCUGAAGCCACCCUGUAUAUAGCUGUCUCCAUCUGUUAUUCUAUGAUCCCUCACAAGACUCACUUUGAAAGGUAUCUCCUGGAGAUUUGUUUAACUCUUGACAUUUUAUGCCUGAAAUUGAGGCCCAGAAAAGGGGAGAAACUUGGCCAGGAUUGCCCAGCUAACAGGCAGCAGUUUCAGGACCCACCCCAGAUAUUCUGGCCCUGUUUUUUUGUUCUUCUCAUUAUAAGGUGUCAUUGCUCCUUCAUAAUCUUUCUCCUCCUUUAUAAAACUGACUAUCGUUAGGAAAGUAUUGGUGUUUUAAAAUCCCAUGAAUGGGAAUGCUCCUGUAAGUGGAUGUUGUUUGAGGCCAAAUGUAUUAGGCAAAUAUGGGAGCAAACAGCUUGCUCUUGUAAAGGUCCCUGAGAGACACUAAGGUUGAAUCUUGCCUAGGAGACAUCCUGUGCAUGUGCAGCAGAUGGCACUCUGCAUUGGACGACAUCACAAGCCCAGCUUGUGCCACUUUUGUUCUGCUGUAGUAGGUACAGUAAAUUAGAGCCAGGGGGACAUAACUGGUUAUGGUGCUGGUUAAUUUUUUUGCUUGAGAGGCAUGUGUUCAAAAUCUUUUCCAAGUUUACAGAAGGAGUCCAAAACAAUACAGUUCAGCUCAUUGGCAGAUGUGGUUGUGAAGUUAUGAAACAUAACUUGUCCCCUCCCCACUUUCUUUAUUAAAAGAUCACUCAACUAAGUAAAUAGAAAUAAGAAUGCAGGGGCUUAUUCAAUAUUUUUAGCACCAUCUAGUGUAGUUUUUCAUUUUCCAUGUGAAGAGCCCGUUACUGCUCCCAGCUUGUGGUUGCAACUUAAGACUGAUGUAAAAUGUUUGUCGCAUGCCUUUCUGUGUGGUUAGUGAAGGUGGUUGCUAUUUUCAAGGAUGGCUCUUUGAGGGGGAACUGCCUUUCAUUGUGAGCUGGGUAAUUCCUUUGCUAAAUCAAAUGGUCCCACCUCUGAUUAUGAAAGCUUGACCGUUGACAUUUCCUAGUGGUCAGUGGCUCUGCUGAAUUACUAAAUCUCUUGCUUAAGUCUGUCAUUGGACUGUUAUUGUUUGUGACUGUCCCUCUCACUUUUACACAUUAUAGUUCUUUAGUGGUCACAACAUUUGUGUUUAACCUGAUAGUUUUAGCAGAGGUUAUAUUACCAGACACAGAAGCAAGUUGCAAGUCUUUAAUUGGGUUUCCCAGAGACAUCCCAGCACAAAUAUUCCACUGUACUUAAGCCAGUGUUCCGAGUAUCUAUACUAAAUGUUUAUGCAGUUCUUGCAGCUGAAUUUCGGUCUUAAUCACUUCUCUAACCUCUAAGGUCCAUUUCAGGUUAGAGACUGUGACCUAUGACUCCUCUUUGAAUCUCACCUCCUCACUUUACCGAUGAGGAGACACACCUAAUGGGAACUGAGGGAAGUGACUUAUUAGGUUAUGUUUGUGGUUAAUGACAUCUGAGAUGUCUUUAAAUGGAGGUGGAUUCAAGAAGUCCUAGUCAGAAUCUUAAUUUGUGUGAUUCCUGGCUCUUAAUCCCUUUCUGUUGUUCUCUUCUGCCUUGUCUAAGUUCUGAUAGGACUUAUUGUUAGCUAAUUUAAUUAUUAGCAGGACACAGAUUGACACUGACUUAUCUUGUUACCUAAAUAUUUCAUUUGUGGGUGCCUUAUCGUAUGGGGUGGGUGGGCAGUAUUGCCUUUUUGUCUCUCAUAGACUCCAGCGCAGUGCUAGGUAUAUAGGUGACACUCAGAUGAGCAUUAAUUGAAUAUGCACCCUUUUGUCUGCUUGCAGGUACGAUGAAAAGAUGUGCUCAUUACCACCCCCCCCCCCCCCCCCCCCCGCCCCGUUUGACUUUUCUAAUGGCCUGUUGCCUAGGUAGCCACAUUUGGGUAAUUGCUUUAACUUUGGUAUUGCCAGUACUGUCUUUGAUUGUAUAUUACACUUCUUUAUGGUAGACUGAUGCACAGAGUUGGUACCUUUCGAUGAGUUCUACAGUGAUACUUGCUUUCUGCCCAAAGCCCAGCAAAAGUGUGAUUAAUACCCAGAUUAUUAUGCUUUAUGGAACUCUACUCCAAGAGGAAAUCUAAAUAGAGAAUGCAGCGUCAGGAAUGGUGUAUGUCAAAGAGAACAACAAACUGAACUUCAGUACAUCGUUUUUGGUUUUGGGGCUGCCUUGUGUUUGAAAUCCAGAGUGGUUAUGGUCUUCUGCAAUAGCACCUCAUUGAUACCAUUGUCUGCUUUUUUGUUUUUGUUUUUUUAAAUGUUUAUUACUUAUUUUGAGAGAGAGAGGAAGAGAGAGAAUCCCAAGCAGACUCCACACUCAGUGCUGAGCCUGACAUAGCUCAGUCACAUGACUGGGAGAUCAUUUGACCUGGACCAAUAUCAAGAGUCAGAGACUUAACUGACUGAGCCACCCAGGUGCCCCGCCCCCAUUAAUACCAUUAUCUGAAUAACUGCAGAGAUGUUGCUUUCAUUUCUUUUUUAUAUCCUAGCUUUGUGUCUCUGUGGGUUUUCUUAAAAAAUUCUGGUUUAUGUGUGUGCUUAAGGACAAGACUAUGGGUGUUUUUUUUUUGUUGUUUUUUGUUUUUUGAGAGAGAGAAAGAGAGAGAGAGAGAGAAUGCACACAAAUGGGGGAGAGACAGAGGGAGAGAGGAACAGAAGAUCUGAAGGGGGCUCUGUGCUGAGACCAGCAAACCCGAUGCGGGGCUCGAAUUCAUGAAGUGCAAGAUCAUGACCUGAGCCAAAGUCUGACACUCAACCAACUGAGCCAUCCAGGCGUCCCAGGACAAGACUACCUUUUAAGAUCUUGAGAUAGCCACCCAACAUAACGGAAUCCUCUAUUCUUUAUUUCACUAAUUAAUACUGUACCAUGGCUCAUGGAUAUUUUAGAAUUACUGGAAUAACAUGUUAUUAGGAAAACUAAGAUGUUACCAUGGAGGACAUGUACUAAAAAGAAUCAUAGACUUCAGAGCUCAAAAAGACCAUAGGUUAAGGAAAUAAUGCAAGAGUGGUGAAAUGGUUUUUUCUUUAGUAGCCCAGCAAGUUACUACAGAGCUGAAAAUGGUUCCCCCAUCUGCUGGCUUUCUCAAUCAGUUCUUUUCCUAUGAAAUUGCAGGACCGUAUGUUUCAUUUAAAAGACAAUUAAGCCGAGGUUCCUUUUAAAAAGUGAAUUAGGAGGGGUGCCUGGCUGAUUAUGUCAGUAGAGCAUCUGAGUCUUGAUCCCAGGUAGAACAUUUGACUCUUGCUUGAUUCCAGUUCAAGCCCCCUAUUGGGCAUGGAGCCUACUUAAAAAAAAAAAAAAAUGAAUUGGGGAGAGAAAAAAAUCAAAAAAUGAAAAGUGAAUUGAGACCCUUUCUUUCAGUAAGUGCUUAAACUGAAGCCCAGUCCUGAAUAAUUAUUUCCUGAUUUAGGUCAAGCUUGAUGAUAUGUGUUAAAAAACCUGUCCUCUGCAGGUUGAACACAAAAAGAGAAACAAUCCAUUUAAUUAUUUCACUGCAGUUUGUUAAAUGCUUGCAGUGAGACAGCCUGUGUAACAUGAAAGUUGACUUCAAGCAAAGUAAUUUUAAUGAGUUUAGUGAAUUAUUGACCCAUAAACUGUGUAUGGGCUUGAAUCUUUUAUUUUGAUCAAAAUAUAACUUGGUAGAUUACACCACCAACUGGGUCUAGUAGCAUGCUGAAACUGAACUUUUUCUAAUGCAGUUCUGGAAAAAAUGGGAAAUAUGACAUUGCAUUUUGACAUCUCUUGAAAAUAAGUGUCCUUUGCAAAGAUUCUUUAAGGACAUUGACAAUAUUUAUUAAUCAAAAGGGGGGUAUUUACCUUUUAUACCUUGUUACUAAAGUUUUCAGUCUUUACUAUUGUCUAUUUUAUUGUUCGGGGAACACUUGUAAAAAUCACCAGAGAAUUGCUGAGAAUCCAUAUGUGUAUGAGGCCGUCCAGGGGACAGUCUCCCAUGUAUAGUCUUGAACUGUACUGCCUUAUGGAUUACAAGAUCCUUUAAACUUCUUUUUUGCCUUCACCUUUUUUGUAAUACCUAUAAUAAGUGGUGUUACAGGAUGUUUAAGAGUAUUAAUAUCUGCUUUAAACUUUAGAGAAAGUUAACGUGACUGAUAAUUUGUCAAAUAACUGGAGAGGAAAUAGGUUAAUGUGAACUACCUGACCUGUAUGUAGAGGGGUAGAUAGAGAAGAAAGCAUCUGAGGGCAUUGUGUUACCUCAUUUAAUUCUCACUAUAGUCCUGUGAGAGGCAUGAUUAUCCCAGGUUUAUAGAUGAGGAAAUUGAGGAUGAGAUGGGUUCAUUUCUUCCUAAGUGUCAUAAACUGUUUCAAUGCUAGGGAUGCAAAGAUGGACUAGACAGAUGUUUUGGAGCUGGGAUUUAUGCGUAGGUCUGGCUGGGUGUCUGUGUAGGGCCCCCUUCCCUUUCAUCUUGUCCUUCAGCUGUGUUUCUUUCUCAAGCAUCUACUGCAGUUUUCUUCCAAGAGAUCUUACCAUCUUUCCAGCAACAUUUAAGUCUCUUUCUCUACCCUCACCUCCAGGUCUUAGCUAAUAAGGGUCUAAGGUAUUGCUUCCUUAGGAUAUUUGUAAUUUAGCUAAGGAUUCUGGAAAGUCCCACCCAUUAUUGAGCAUUGCUUCUAUAUCAGACACUUUUAUAACUCUUCGGGCAAAAUACUACUCCCAUUGUAGAGAUGAGAAAAUGAAGACCUAGUAAGGGUAAGUAACCAGGAGUCAUUCAGAAAAUAUCUGAUGAACUGCUGUUUGUAAGAUGCUGUGCUGGGAAAGAGUGGUAUCUCUGAGGUGGUCCUGAGAGGUCACAGUUUGGCUAGGAGACACCGACGAACAAGGCUGUAAGUGGCUAUGCUCCCCGCCGGCCCGGAGGUUCAGUGGGAGCGUUUAGCUGGAGAAGGCUUCACAGGGGAGGCCUCACUUAAGCUGAAAUAGGAUGAAAUAUGAUGUGUGGGGGACUGGAAGGGUAUAGUCCAGUCUAGGCAGCAGCAACAUCUGACAUGACUGUAUGAGGAAGGAAGAUGUAUUUGAGAAACGGCCAGUAGUUUGUAAGAACUGGAGUGUGAGCAAGAACAGCCAGAGAUUAGGCCAGGCAGUAAUAGCGAUACCACCAAUAAUUAACAUUUAUCAAGUGCACCACGUGUCACACAUGUCACAUAGGUAAUCUCACUUAAUUCUUGUGGCACCCUAUGGGUAGGUGUUGUUGCUACCCUCGUUUUAUAGAUAGUGAAGCCGAGUUACCUCAGACUGGUUGAUUUGCCCAGGAUCACAGCUGGUAAGUGACACUCAGCUAGUAAAUGACUUACUCAGGAUCAUGCAGCGGCGACUGGUAUUUCUGGCAAGGAAAUGCAAGUGGUCUGGCUCCAGAGCCUGUCUCUUAACUACUGUGCUAUGGUGAGGGAAUCAGACUGUGAAGGGACUUGUGAAGGAGUUGGAAUUUUAUUAUGUAGGUCAGUGGUUUUUUUUAAACUCAACCCACAGUAGAAAUACAUUUUAUAUCAUGACCCAGAAUGUGCAUGUGUGCAUAAAAGUAGGAAAAGUUUCAUGAAACAAUAUUUUUACUAUGUAUGAGGCAUACAUAGUUUCUAUGCUAUUUUGUUAAAGAAAUACUGGUUGGGACCCACUUAAAUUGAUUCUACAGUUUAAGCCACAGUUUGGAAAAAUACUGCUAGUCAAUAGGUGAGCAUCUGAAGAAUUUCAAUUAGGUGAAUCACAUGAUCAGGUUUGUGCUUUUUUUGGAAGGUUAGUUACAAUGGCAGCAGUGUGAAGGCCGGAUUCGAAAGGAUGGGACCAGAAAGCCAAGAGGCCAAUAAGGGGUAUCUUAAUGAACCAGGCAAAAGAUGCCUGAAUAAGGACAGUAUCAUUGGGGGUAGAGAAAGGGAAUAGAGAGAAGGCAGAUUUAGGAAGUAGAAUUGUUAGAACUUGGUGAUUGGACAUAGACUAUCACUCAGCUAGUACCAGGUAGAAAGGCAGUUCAAUUCAAGGGCUGUCUGAUGCUAUUAAUACUCAGGCCCUGAAACUUUAUUUCUGGACCUUUUCUGUGUGUUUCUUUUUACAGUCAUGUUAAAUAUACUUCUUUGUUGUCUUUUCUGUGCCUCUUCUUUUGUAUAUAAAAUGUGCUGACCUGGUUUAAUGAUUUUAAAAUGUAUGUAUCAAAUCCAAUGCCUACCUUAUCCCAUGUUCCUGCCUCCCCUUCCCCACACCAUCAGAAUCUGAAAGAUUUGCACACAGUGUGGAAGGAGUUCACAAAGUGUGAUGAGCACUCAGCAAGUCUUCUUUGAGAGUGUGUGUUCUGUGUAUGACACUCUUCCAAAGCAGAAACUCUUCACGUUACCUUAAUUAAUUAGAGGAAUGUUUUUGAGUAAUUUCCUUUGACUUUGUUCUCUUUAACUUUCCAGUUUUGUAAUAUUUGUUUACCUUUAGGGAAUAUUGAGCAUUGUAUGUAUGAUGGUCUUUUAUCUUUAAAACAAACAAAUAAAAACCUAGGCAUUCCUAGGCAUGAAACCUUUUCUUCGUAAAAUUUAGCAACCUCCAUUCUUACAUUAGAAGCGAAGACAGGAGUUGUGCUUCUGCCAUCCGUUUCUCAAGAGGAGUAUAAAAAUAAAAACAUGUAAUAAUCGAGAACAAGUUAUAUGGAGUGAUUCUCUGUAUUUUAAUUGACUAGGUACCUUACUGAAUCGCUUUAUUCGGAAAGCACAUAUUCUUUGGUCUUCUAGGUAUUAUAAUACAGAGGUAAGUAUUUAUUUGAUAACUAUGACAAGUUUUUAGACCCGUUACAAUAUCUGCUUCACCAGAAGAGACUGUAUUUGUCACGUUGUUGGUGAGCCUUUGGAAAACUAUGGGACUAAAGGAUUGCUAUACCAUCAUAGAAUUUUUAAUUAGUUUUCUGAGAUAGUUAAAUAAGAGAUGGAAAUGGUGUGUGUGUGUGUGUGUGUGUGUGUGUGUGUGUGUGUGUGUGUUUCAGUCACCAAAAUAAAAGUACUUGAAGAGAAUUAGGUGCCAUGUGAUACAAUAGAGGUAGGAGUGUGGGUUUUGUUCAUUUCUCUUCUGUUAACUUGCUGUUUGACCCUGGGCAAGUGACCUCUUUGGUCUUAAUGUUUUGGCCAAUUAAAUAAGGAUGCUUGAUCAAAUGAGCCUAAGGGGCUUUCUAAGACAUAUGUCACUUUCAUAUAAUACUUUAUAAGUAAUUUUUAUAUUUUUCCUUUGGGGAGCUUGUAUAAACUCAUAAACUCAAGUAUAAUAUAUUUGCUUAUUCUCACCAGGGUCAAAGGCUUGAAGUGAAGAAAAAUCCUUUCCAUUUCCUUUUCAGGACAGUUUGUAUAAUUACUUCUGACAUCUUGAUGGACAAUUUACCCUGCAUUCCUCUUAAACAAGUCAUUCUGCCUUUAGUCCCAUCCUUCUCUUUUGUCUUCUUUUUCCAAUCCAAACUGCUGAGGGUGUGGGGGAAGAGGUGAACAUGUGGUGGGGAAUCCAGAGAGUUGGAGAGACAGGGGAAGGAAAAAAGCAGUUAAUGUUGGAAUGCUGAGGUAAGACAGACUGUUCUAAUAAUCUGUUAAUUCUGAGUCGUGACCUGCCAGGCUGAAACAGAAAAUGUUUCUGUUUUCCUUUGUAAUUACACUACAGGAAUCCUGAGUGUGGAAACCUCAGGUGAUUAGUUGCCCACAGUAGUCUAUUCUCCCAAACUCUGUGAGCUGAGCCUAGUGUAGUCAAGAACAGAGACACUCAGCCGGUGUUGGAUAAAUGAGUCAGUCAGUUGAAAAGUCCAAGAGACCAUUGUCUAAAUCCUUCAACCCUGUGGAUAAUGCAGCUGUAGAUUCUCUUGUUCUCCAUGCCGAGAUAAUAUAGUGAUGAGAAUCAUAGAAAUACGAAGAAGAAAUUACUUUUCUUUGAUUCGGGCAGCAGCAGAUCAUUUUAAAAGGGUUCACAGAUUAUGCUGAAACAAGCAGGACUAUGGAAAAUACUAAGUAAAAUACUGUUAGAAAAAUAUUGUAGUGCUAUUGUCUUAUAAGUAAUUUAAGAAAUUGACACAUGCGUCUGCCUGGCAAGUAUUUGGAGGAAGUAGAGGAGUGGAGGGAAGGGUGAAGGGCUGGGCACUGCAGAAGAGAGCUUGAAAGAAACUAUUUGAAAGAGGUGCUGCCAACUCUAGAUUCCCUGCAUGUAUAUAUUUCCAAAGAUGACAGAUUUUUGGAGGUGUUUAUUUUGGAACUAAUCUUCUGUAUUUCCAUUCUGCCCCCACUGUAUCCUGUAUCUUGCACUGCCAGAAUUCUGCUAGCUGCCAUGAAGCAGGGCUGUGGCAAGUGGCCAAGUGUGAUAAAACCUAUUUUUUUCAUUUUAAAACAGAGUAUGGAUACGAGAAUACUUUAUGAAGUAUUUAAGGAUAGAUUGAAUGGAGUAGGAGAAAUAGUAAAAACCUAAUGAGAAGAUUGAAAGUUUUUUAUUUGCGUUUGCUGGAAUUUAUAUUUGUUUGGUAAACGGAAGAAUACCAGCUUAUGUCUGUCUCUGUCACUUUCUUCUUUCUUGCCCCUCUUUCUCUGACCUUUGGAUGCUGGUGUUAGGAUAGAUAGGAAAAAUGGGUUUUCUGAUCAUGAAGAGGUGGUAGUGAUUUUUUAAUUUUUAGUUUUUGAGGGAAUCCCAAGGAUAUGCUCUGUGUGAAUGUCUCAUUACAUGUAUGCAUGUGAGAAAUUGUUUUAUUUUUUUCGUUUUUGUUUUAAACCCUCCCCUACCAUGAAUUUUUUUCUUUUUUUAUUUCCAGCUCUGACUUAAGUUUCAAAACAAAACGUUAUCUAAACAUUGUUGAGGUGGUGAAGCAAUCGUGGUCUAACAUAUUACAGAAUUUUAGAAUGUUCAUUUAUUAGAAAAUUAAACUGCAGUCAGUAUUUUCUUUAAUUUUUUUUUAAUGUUUAUUUUUGAGAGAGAGAGAGAGAGAGAAAGAGAGAGAGAGAGAGAGAGAGAGACAGAGCAUCAGCAGGGGAGGAGCAGAGAGAGAGGGAGACCUGAAGCAGGCUCCAGGCUCUGAGCUGUCAUCACAGAGCACGAUGUUGGGCUCAAACUCCUGAACUGUGAGAUCAAGACCUGAGCUGAGGUCGGACGUUUAACCAACUGAGCCACCCAGGUGCCCCAGUGUUUUCUUUAAUUUUAGUAUCUCAUUCUGCAUUGACAUUUGAUUCAGAAUAAAAUCAAGUUCCCAGCUUGGCUAAGUGCCACAAAGUCGGGUGAGCUUUAAAUAGGUAACGACUUUCUUUUUAAUGAUUGCUAGAGGUUUUAGCAGUAAAAAGGGGAAAAUGGAAGGAAACUCUAAUAGAUUUCUUGCCUAAAAAGAGCAUUCUUGGUAAGAUUAAAAGUAGAGACAAGCUGAGGCCCUGAGUUAAGGAUCUGAAAAUCCCAUCACAGCCAGUAUCAGAAAGUAACAGCACUAGUGGAAGAAGACACAGAAGGUCUCUACUGAUGAGGGGCUCGCUUGGAAAGGGCAUUCCAUCACCAGAGGGUUUUUUUUUGGGGGGGGGGGGGCUUCAUAAGAAAACUCUAUUCUAUUCAGUUAAACAUAAUGGGAAAAGUCAUUUGUUUUUAAAGUAUGAAGUAUGUCAUGUCUAUAAAAACAUGUAGAAUAUUUAUUUCUUUUAGCUUGAAAAAUUAAACACGAUAACUAUGAAAGCUGCCCCAGGUAUCUUUCCUCAGUCCUAUUUCUUGUCCUCUCUCCCCAAAUUGCCAUUCUUUCCAAUUUAGUAUUUACCAUUUCCAUGCAUGUGUUUCUGCUUUUGCUAUAUCUGUCAACCUUACAUAUUACUGUAAAUAUGUUUUAAGCCUUAUUUAGAAGAUUGUACACUGUAUGUAGUUAUACGAUUUGUUCUUUUUGCUUAAAUACUUUGAAGAAUCUGUAGUUGAUACGUGUAGUUCUGGCUCAUUCAUUUUUAACUGUUUUGUCAUGUUUCAUUCUCCAUUUCUCAUGUUUAACCAUUCUCUUGUUGACUGAAAGUCUCUCGAGCUGAAUAUUUUGGGGGGCUGGGAAAGAGGAAUAUAUUAUGUCAUUUUAAAAGUUAGACGAGGAAUAUUUUGACUUUCAAAAAAGCCAGUUUCCUUUUUUGGGUGUGGAAUGCCCUCAUUUAUCAUAUUCCUGGGAAAACCCUUUGUACUUCCGGAGAGAAGGCAGAGAAGAAUAAUGUUUCAUUACACAGACGAACAUGUCUUGUGCAAAGUGCCGAACGGCAUCCGCUGUAAUACAGCAUGCUCAUGCGGGAUUGAGCUGUUGCAGCUAAAACUUGGUUUGUUCUAUGAAAAUGCUCAGUUUUUUUUGAAGUGCAGACAAGCUGUAGAUGGGAACUUGUUGACAUUUAUUUAUUGUUUCUCUUCUGUGAGUUCCCAAAUUUGCAGUUUGGGACUGCUUUAUUUGGUAGAAAGGGUAUAUGCCUUAAAUGGUAAAAAGAUUGUUCUUGAAUUGUGUCAUGGUUUUACGGAGUAAAGGAAAAACAAGGUCUAGGAAUGGAGGGGUGCUUUUUGUGGUAGACGGUUGAUGUGAAAUAAAAUAUUUGUUUUAAUAAUGAAUCUUAUAUGUGUAUUUGCCAUUGAGUAUUCCUUGUAGUCAUUGUUUUAGAAAGGCAAUCUCUGAUAAAUUUUUUUUCUUCCCAAUUUCAUGCAGUUGUCUUUCAUUUGUAACAUCUUUGAGAGGCAUCUGGGUGGCUCAGUAGGUUAAGAGUCUGACUUCGGUUCAGGUCUUUCACUACCAUUCCUACAGUGGUUGACAAGAUAUCGUUUCCACCUCACUCUCCAUGUACCAUGCCAGUGACAUCUUAGCUGCUAGAGUGUGGAGCUGGCCUGUGGGAGUCAAGUAUUGGUGGUGUGACCUGUUCAUGCAGGGGACACUUGAACAUUCUCAGGUGCACCAGAGGCUCUCUUCCUGGCAGAAUUUGGGAGUUGUUUAUUGCAGUACUGUUGUGCCCUCUGAUGAUGUGACAGUGGUGUAUCAAAAUGGGUUACCUGUGAUAUCUGUGAGGCUACCAUCCCGGCGUGAACGUUGCCAGUUCACACUCAAACCUAUUUCAGACUCAGUCGGUGUGUUUUUACGACAACUUCAAGAAGAGGAUCGGGGAAUUGACAGAGUUGCAAUCUACUCACCAGAUGGCGUUCGAGUUGCUGCCUCAACAGGAAUAGACCUCCUACUCCUUGAUGACUUUAAGCUGGUCAUUAAUGACUUAACAUAUCAUGUACGACCGCCAAAGAGAGACCUCUUAAGCCACGAAAAUGCAGCAACACUGAACGAUGUAAAGACACUCGUCCAGCAGCUAUACACCACACUGUGCAUCGAGCAGCACCAGUUAAACAAGGAAAGGGAGCUUAUUGAAAGAUUAGAGGAUCUCAAACAGCAACUGGCUCCCCUGGAAAAGGUACGAAUUGAGAUUAGCAGAAAAGCUGAGAAGAGGACCACUUUGGUGCUAUGGGGUGGACUUGCCUACAUGGCCACACAGUUUGGCAUUUUGGCCCGGCUUACCUGGUGGGAAUACUCCUGGGACAUCAUGGAGCCAGUCACCUACUUUAUCACUUAUGGAAGUGCCAUGGCAAUGUAUGCAUAUUUUGUAAUGACACGUCAGGAAUAUGUUUAUCCAGAAGCCAGAGACAGACAAUACUUAUUAUUUUUCCAUAAAGGAGCCAAAAAGUCACGUUUUGACCUAGAGAAAUAUAAUCAACUCAAGGAUGCAAUUGCUCAGGCAGAAAUGGACCUUAAGAGACUGAGAGACCCAUUACAAGUACAUCUGCCCCUUCGACAAAUUGGUGAAAAAGAUUGAUCUGCAAAGAGCCUCUGAAUCCUGGCAGAAAGAACACCUGUUUAUAACUAUUGCCUUUUUAAUUAAAGCAUUGCAGGUGGAAGCUGGGAGGAUGUCGGGGUAGAGGGUUUUUACCUUUAAUUAAAAACAAAAACAAAAAGGAUCUUAGGGAAGAAGGGAAUGUUAAAAUCUGAGGAUCAGGCUUUGUGGAAUGUAAGCUCAAAGGGCUUAGUGAAUAUUGUCUUAAUCAAGCAUCUUAGUUUCUGGAUGAAAAUGAUGCAUUAUACAGUUGAGAGAUUCAUAAGGAGAAAAGGAUGCUGGGGGUGUUCCUUUCUUGCAUCUUCUUUGCAGGGUCAGCAAAACAGUAACACACCAGCACCCCACUCAGCUCUAAUUUUUUUUUAAUUUAACUUUUCUUAUUUUUGACAUAGGAGUAAAUAAAUAUACCAGAAAAGCAAAUCCUCAAGAUAUGUGGGUGGCAAACAGAGUCUGAGCCCGUGCCAUUAGCAUUUAUUUUAAAUUGGACCCAGUCUCUGCAAAGUUACCAGGAAUCUCUCCUAUUUGUGCCCUUUUCUGACCACCCACUCCUGUUGGUUACACUAAUUUUAUCCGUAUGAUAGUUGGAACCAACUUACGACUGUUUGAUAAUUGACACUUUGGAUUAUCCCGUAAUACCUUCUUAAAUGUCUGUAUAUUCCAGUGCUCUGGAUCAGUAUCUAGGAAUCAUUGGCAACACUGCAUGAGGUUGUUUUGUUUCGUUUCGUUUUGUUUUUUUACUAAUUAAUCUUUAAAAGGAGGCAGAGUUUCCCUCCUUUAUUUAACUAUCCUAUUGAUAUUCCUCUCUCCCUCCACAACUCAAAUCAGAGGGGGGCGGGGGGGUUCAGCUGUAUUACCAAAUCAGGAAGAUGUAAGGUUUACAGAUUGGCUAAAAAUCAUGGCUCUCUAGCCAUUUCAGAACCAGAAUAAUUUCAAUGCUGUUAGUCUGCUUGUGUGACAGCAUUCCAGCCCACCCAGGUGGUGCUGCCUUGUCUGGAGAUUUUGUUAAUCUUGAAGGACACACACUUCCACGCUGUUUGUGAGCCCUCCCACCUCCACCACUUUAAUAGUUGUAAAUCAAGUGUGUGGAUCUCAAAGGGUGCAAUUUAUCUUUAUACAAGAAUACAUUUCUAUGGCUUCCUUCAACCUGCCCUCUUCACCCUAUUUUUUCUUAUCUUAAAUUGAGAGAAGGAAGAAUUAAUCUUAUACUCUAUCAAAAUAUUUUCUACCAUACUUCCAGAUGACAUCUGCAGUUGAAGAGUCAAAGGAAUCUGUGUCUAAUAUCCUGUUUUGCACUACGGUGGGGGGCAGGAUGGAAAGGAUGAUGAGGCUUGCCACACAGCUGAUUGGCUUUUUCUUUCACAUGAUUCAUCCCUCCUCAUUGUGGCAAGGAGCUUUCUUUCUCAUUUU